GAUCGAAGACAUGGCCACGAGUUUUGGAGCAGAAGCAUUCCGAAUAGUUCUUCUGUGCUCGUUAUGGUACACGAUCAGCUCGACGAACAAUGUUAUCGGGAAGAAGAUACUGACAGAUUUUCCUUUUCCUGUUACCGUGGCCAUGGUUCAAGUCGUCUCAACGGCCCUAUAUUUAUCGCCAACUCUUCGUGUUUGGAGUGUUCCUCCUAUGAAAUCUUUGCCGAAAUCGAGUCUUCUGAAACUGAUCUUACCACUUUCCUUUGGAAAGGCUUUUGCUGCGAUAACGGCACAUGUCAGCAUAUGGAAAGUACCUGUCUCGUAUUCUCACACGGUUAAGGCAACAAUGCCAGUCUUCACAGUUAUUUUAUCAAGAGUAAUUUUAGGAGAAACGCAAUCAGGAGCGGUUUACUGUUCAUUAAUUCCCAUUGUUGGUGGAGUCAUGAUUGCCACAGCCACAGAACUAUCUUUUAACAUGGUUGGUCUUCUUAGUGCCCUGUUAGCAACCUUUACUUUUGCUGUACAGAAUAUUUUUACUAAAAAGGCACUUAGAGACUUGCAACUGAAUCACUUACGUUUGUUAUUGCUAAUGGCAACUAUAGCAUCUGCCAUGUUGCUACCUACUUGGGCACUGUAUGAUCUAAGAAGAAUUAUACUUGAACUUGAAUCGGGAAAGGAGGAUAUUCUAUGGCUGUUGGUAAUCUUAACGAUAAAUGGAUUUUUAAAUUUUGCCCAGAAUAUGGUGGCUUUUACAGUGUUAUCUUUAGUGACUCCACUAAGUUAUGCAGUGGCUUCCGCCACUAAAAGGAUUUUAGUAAUUACAGUGUCUAUAAUGUUCCUGCGAAAUCCCGUCAGUUUGUAUAACGGAGUGGGGAUGUUAGCUGCCAUUUUUGGAGUAUUUCUAUACAACAAGGCAAAAUACGACGCCAACCGCAGAAAACACGAACUACCGACACACAAGAAACACGCCUCACAUUCGAAUAAUGUCACGAACAAUCAUAAAAGUUAUCAUCUUGUAUAAGUUCUUCAAGGCACCGACUCAACGCUUGGGUUUGUAUACGAUGGGCAAGGUUAUCGUUUCUGUUGUGGAAAUGAGGUAAAGAUACUGCUGGCAGUUCUUUUGCAUUCAUACGUCUUUCGUAUCUGAUGAGAAAUUGGAGGGAAUCAGCGCUGAGGAGGUCAUUUCUUGCAGCUUUCGAAGAGAUCGUUUGGUGAAAUCUCCUUACUUAUCACAACAGAAAUAAUUAUUUAGGAGUUUAACAGCUCUAUUACGACUUCAUCUUCUGUAGAAAAAACGUGAUAACUAAAUAGUGUUCUUCAAGAAAAACUUAUACGAAGUCUUUCAAAUGUGAAAUGAGGUUUUUAAAUCUCUUGACCUCGUUUCAACCCUGACAAGAAAGCAUUUGAAGAAGGUAAGAGACGCAUGCGAAGAAAGCAAAACAGAAGCUGUCAAAUGCAUCACACAAUUUGAAUACAGAGAGCAAUUCUGUGGAAUUUACCAUUUCUGAUGAAGAGCCAUCAAUGAAACUUUAAUUUAUACGUUAUCAAGCUCACCAUGGGAUAAUUGUUAAUAAUCUUUAAACCUUCUUGAGGAGGGAAAAAUAUAAGAAGAUACAAAGAUUUAGAACGUAGAAACACACAUAUAUAUAUAUAUAUAUCUGUAAAUUUAUAUUUAUAUUACACCUUUACAAAGUCGUCACGCUUUUAAACCCAACGGGCGUCAAACAAAUCUAUGUUUGAGGCGAAUUUUAGUAACGAACAUUGUUGAAUUUACAGCCGGAGCGCUUUUCGAUUUAGAGUCUUUAGACGGUCGAUGACCAAACUAAAAGAUAUAUUUAAAGGGGGUGUUUUUAGAGAAAAUAAAUUGGGGUAUUGGUUUUAUC